AAACCAUAAAAAACAAAGUCAUUUUUAGAGUUUUACUCGGAUAUGACAGACAGAGAAAUUAGGAAAGAGGGUGAUAGUUUGUUUGAUUUCAAGUUUCUUCAGUGUACUGGAGGAAAAAGCAAACACUUGAUGCUUCCCUCAGUUUCUCCUGGAUUCAAGUGGACAGCUUCUGCCGUGGCAGGGAAAAAUGCCAAAACACCCAUCUACAUUUUGGCCAGAGAAGAGUUGAUGUGUGUAUCACUUGACUCCUCAAGUGAAGAUUCUGAGGAAGAAGAUGACAUAUUUCUGGAUAAAGCUAGCACCAGUAAAGUCAAGGCCAGUAAGGACAAGGCUAGUAAGGACAAGGCCAGUAAGGAUGAUGAUACUUCUCAAAAUGUACGGAAGGAGGUCAUUUUGAUUGACUGUUCUCCAAGUACACACCAAGAAGAGCCCAGCUUUUACAGUGAUUAUGUUGGCCUACUUGGAGACCAAGAGAAUAAAGAAUGUCUGAGUCCAACACCACCACCUAUGUCACACAAUGAUGAGGAAGGAGGCUUAGGAGGAAUCACCGUUUCUUGCUUACUUCAAAAACAUAGAUCUGGUUGUCUCCCAAGCGAACGAGAAGAGAAGUGUUUGAUAGUUGUGCGUCGACGACAUGUUUGGUCUGAUACACUGCACCAGUUCAAGUGUGGUAUUGACCUACACUGGGGGUCCAAUGCGUGAAUUUCUCUAUCUUUUGAUGUCUGCUAUAGCUACAGGAUCAUUAUUUCAGGGUGAAGACACUCGAAAAGUACCUAUACACAGUGUGAUGGAAUUGGAGAAGGGUACCUUUGUCUGUAUAGGUUCAAUGUUUGCUGUCUCCCUUCUUUACGGAGGACCAAGUCCUUGUUUUUUGGCUCCACCUGUUGCUGACUACCUAACCUAUGGUAUUCAAAAGGUCAAGGUCGAACCCUGUGACAUUCCUGACCGUGAAAUAAGAGAGAAAAUCCUGAAUGGGGAACAGACUGCAGUCGUGAACCAUGUAUCCUCUACUAUCUGUGGGCUGUGGCACAUGUAAGAUAAAAUUAGCUGAGACUGUUAACAGAAACAGAAAUGAGAAAUAUGACUGAACCGUACGCGUGAUGCAUAAAAUACAUGAUAACUGAAGUUUUACUGAGCUAUAAUAUAUAAGUAAGACGAAUAUUGUGCAAGUUAAUCAUCUGCCAGAGCAGUAUCUGUGCCUAGUCAUUUUCCUCGUGUGGAAUUUAAACUGACCGAGCCUUCGAUGAAAGCAGAAAGAUGAGGAUGUAUUGACACGGGGUUCUCAGGUGUGCUUGUUACAAUGGAACAAAUCAACAAAAAACCUGAGAAGUAUUUUGGCUCCCAACGAUCCUUUGGCUUCCAAAUUCUUCAAAGAUGGAGAUGGAUAAAAACCACACGCCACACGCCCUGUCAUACCCUAAAUACCUCAAUCUUUUACGUUCCUACCAAACGUAGUGUAUAGGAAAAUGUAAGCUUGAGUGGCCGAUUCGCAUAUAAACAUUUCGGUAAAGUUGACAAUGACUCCACAUGGUCUUACAACAGCGAAAAGUCCGGCAGUUCGGUCAUAAAAACGAUUGAUAUUUCCAGCUUUCUUACAACCCACCAGACAGGAAGAACUUGGAACAAGAGAAGUGGACUCCUCGCAAUGUGUUGGGCAAAAUUUUGACGGUAUUUUACUCUUUCCUCCAAGCACUGGUGUUUCAGGACAACACUGGGUAAUAUUUAAUACUCGAGUCUCAUGAUCCUGUCCAGCUUUAGCUUUAGUGUUUGGCAGUGAACGGCAGAUCUUCUCAAUGCCAUCCAAAGAACAGUAACCUAUGUACAUGCAUGCAUGCGUAAAAAUAUUAUACAGUCACUAUAACUUCCAAUAACUUAAUUAUCAUGCUGUAACUUUAUAAUGCGACUAAGGUGAGUAUAAUUAUACAGUGUUAGUGUUAGGGGGUAAGGGGUAUAUAGGUUAGGUAUAGAAGCAUGCAUGGAUGGUAAGUGUUAGGGUUAGGGUUAGGCGUAUUAUGGGGGUUGGUUAUAGUAUAUAUAGGUUAGGUAUAUAAGCAUGCAUGUGUUAUGGGGAUGGUAAGUGUUAGGGUUAGGGUUAGGCGUAUUAUGGGGGUUGGUUAUAGGUAACGGUUAGGGGAUAGUUGGGUAGGGUUAGCAAGUAAGUGUUAGGGUAAGUGUGGGGGAUUUUAAGUAAGGGUUAGGGGGAUGUUAAGUAAUUGUUAGGGGGAUGUUAAGUAAGGGUGGUUAGGAAGGUUAGGGUUACGGUAGGAAGAGGUAGGGGGUAAUGGUUAGCACGUGUGAUUAGGGUAAGGGGAUAGUUAGGUAACUAUAGGGUUAGGUAUAGGUAUAUGGGUAAGGGUUAGGAGUUAGGGUAAUGGCUAGCAUCAUGGUUUUUAGGUUAGGUAGUUUGGUUAGGAGUUAGGAAGGUAAUGGGGGGAAAUAUCCUUUCUUGUCGCAUUGAUGGUGCACCCUCGAACUGGUUUUACUUGUUAUGUCCGCCCACGCUUGUUUGCACAGUUUGUCUACGUCUUUUCGUUGGGACGGUCCAACAUCUGUAGCGGAUAAAAGAUUACCACAGUCGUUGUGGUAAUUAAACCAUGCGUCUUCAACACAUCUAUCUGUCAGCUUCCAAGGUUUAUCCUUGAUGUUUCGACCAAAAAGGGUAUGGUCUUUAGACAUACCUCGGCUCUUGAACUAUCUUGCAUGUUUUUACAUGGUAUACAUCAUGCAAGUAAUAAUUAUAGCAUGUACAGGGUAUCUAUAAUCAUGCUAAUAGCAAUAACAGCGGUGUCUAUAAUGGUAUAGCAGUGUCUAUAAUAUAAUUAUAAUGGUAUAUAAAUCAAGAAAUAGCAAUAAUAACAAUAAUAGCAGUGUCUGUAAUGGCGGUGUCUAUAAUGGUAUGAAAUAGCACGGUGUCUGUAAUGGUAUAUAAAAAUUGAUAAUCAAGAAAUAGCAAUAAUAUAUAGCGGUGUCUAUAAUGGCAUAUGAAAUAGCAAUAAUGUCUGUAAUGGUAUAUAAAAAGUAAUAAUCAAGAAAUAGCGGUGUCUAUAAUAGUAUAUGAAAUAGCAAUAAUAGUGGUGUCUAUAUAAAUCAGCAGUGUGGUAUAAUUUUAUAAUAGCGGUGUCUAAUAAUAGCGGUGUCUAUAAUGGUAGCAAUAAUAGCGGUGUCUAUAAUGGUAUAUAAAAUUAAUCAAGAAAUAGCAAUAAUAGCGGGUGUCGUUAAGAAAUAGCAAUAUAAAAUCAAGAAAUAACAGUAAUAGCGGUGUCUAUAAUAGCAGAGUGUCUGCAUGUACAUGUAUAGUAAGUAGCGAUAUUACGCACUUUUUUGUGUAGAAAAGUAGGAUAAUAGCAAAAGUAGGAUAAUAGCAUUAAUAGCAGGGUGCUAUUUAGGGGUUGCUAUUAUGCUAAAAGCCAAUACUGCACCUAACUCAUUUACUCCAUAGUUUCAUACUAUCUCACUGUUGUUUCACCAUUUCCCAGGCCGUACUGUACAAGUGAAAGCAAUCCUUGAGAUCUGCAACGUCUUGGUCUACACAAAGAGUCACUUUUCAUUUCUGGAUUCUUUACCCAUGUUCCUGUGCAUCAUUACUGUGUGUGGCUUGUGCUACACUGAGUACAUAUUCAAAUUUUGAGUGGAGUUCUACUGGGGCUAUUGUAGCAUUGUCCUUGGGACCGAGGCUAUAGGACAAAUCAGACUGCUCUGCCAAAUUCUUUCACAAUAAUGAUUGUUUUUUGUGCAAUAAAACAAUGUUUGCUGUAUUAAUUUCAAUACUC